GGGGUGGCCAGGCACCAGGGACAGAGCACGGACAUGGGGCCCAGAGGUCAGCAGGAGGGGCUUCUGCCCAAGCUGGACGGGGCCGGAGGAGGGGCUGAGCUGGGAGCGGUAUCGGCCUCAGCAGCCACACGUCCGGGGUCGGCGCGCCGGUGGGUGGGCCUGGCUCCCGGCGCGGGUCCUCAGGCUCACCUCUCUGGUCACCGACCGGCCUCCAGGGGGCCGAGGAUUGGCCCGCCGUCACGUGGCGGGGGUGGGGCUAGCGCUGGCCCCGCCCCCUCCGAGCCUCCCGCGCCCCCGCUGCGCCCCCGGGCCCCAGCGCCAGCGGAGCCGCCGAGCGAGCGUGGGGAGCCGGCCCGCGCGGCACCGCGCACCCGGACGGAGAGGGGCUGGGGUGGGGGGCCGGUGAGCGGAGUCCGCGGAGAAACGGUCAACAUUCAGACAUACGAAAUGGAGAUCAUCACGGGACCCAUCCUAACCCUCCAGCCUGGCCCUCAAGGGUGCACGUGGGAGCCGGGGUCAGGGGCACCUGCCCACCUCUGUGGGUUCCAGCAACAGGACAAAACCGGCGCAUGGACGGCUGUUUCCAUGCGUUUGUAUUUAGUAUUUAAAAACAAUGUAUAUAUACACGUGUCUAUUCCAGAGCGAACUGCCUUCCCUCUCUUAGCUUGA